CUCGCCGCAACAGCGACAACUCCCAGAGUCCGAGCUCCGUGGCCAAGAACUUGAAGCCGCGAGCAGCUUCCCCCUGUCAUCCCUAUGGCCGGCGACGAGCCCCCAACGGACGCCGUCGACCAGGACCUGGUGGAGAUCCUGGAGGAGGGAUCGGGCCGCCUGGACAUCGCCCGGUACGUGGACCACGUGCGCGACCUGGCGGCGGGCGCCAUCGCCACCUUCGAGGGCACCACGCGGGACCACUUCGACGGGCGGCGCGUGGUGGAGCUGCGGUACGAGGCCUACUCGGCCAUGGCGCGGCGCCGGCUCGAGGCCAUCCUCCGCGAGGCCCGCGCCGCCCACGCGCUGCGGCGGCUGGCCGUGGCGCACAAGCUCGGCCCCGUCCCGGCCGGCGAGGCGAGCGUCUUCGUGGCGGCCUCGGCCGUGCACCGCGCGGACGCCAUGGAGGCGUGCCGCUACGUCAUCGACGAGAUCAAGGCCUCCGUGCCCAUCUGGAAGAAGGAGGUGUACGACGACGGCGAGGUGUGGAAGGAGAACCGCGAGUUCUUCGACCGCGCCGACGCCACCGGGACGGCCACGGACCAUAAGAAGGGCCACGGCAAGGCGUCCGGCGGCGGCUGCUGCGGCAGCAAGGUGCGGGUCAUGGAGGAGAGAUGACGACACCCGCCGGAUCGCGAUCGGAGAAAUACAGUGGGUUGUCUCUGUCCUUUGACUUCUUUUUGAGAUUUCUUUUUGAGAUGGAAGAAAGGAUAAAAAGUCUUGUGUGACACUAGAGGUUUAACCAAGUGUCAAAUACAGUGUAUGGAAAUGCGAUUCUAUAGAUUGCAAAUGAUGUAAUGUACUCACUGUAUAAACAUUUCUCCUUCUCA